CUGCUCUGUCUACUCCAGUGACUGACCAGAGUCCUGGGAGGCUGUCCCGCACACACCAUCGUAGAGGCCAGCGUAGAUUCCCGACUCCAGACCCUCCAGGUGUCUGCUUAAACCUAGGACUUCUCUCGCCCUACGGACAUCCAACCCUCCGGCGCAGCCAUGACUGACCAAACUGUCUUUGACACCGAUGUCAAUACCCUGACCCGCUUCGUCAUGGAAGAGGGCAGGAAAGCCAAGGGGACCGGCGAGAUGACCCAGUUGCUUAACAGCCUCUGCACCGCUGUCAAAGCCAUCUCCUCUGCGGUGCGGAAAGCAGGCAUAGCCAAUCUCUAUGGAAUUGCUGGCUCUACCAAUGUCACUGGUGACCAAGUCAAGAAGCUGGAUGUCCUCUCCAAUGAUCUUGUUAUUAACAUGCUAAAGUCAUCCUUUGCUACAUGUGUUCUUGUAUCAGAAGAAGAUAAACAUGCUAUAAUAGUAGAACCAGAAAAAAGGGUGAGUGUUUGCUUCUACUAUGAAAUUGUUUUUGUAUUUUUGUAUGCCUCUUAUUCUCUUCUAUGUUUUAAAAGCCCCAUAAUUUCACUGUUCUCAAGGACUUAUGACAAAGAAUGCUAUCCACCUACAGAGAAAGACCCAAUGGAGUCAGAUAGUCAUGUCACAUCAUGAGUGAAUGCUAACUUUGGGUUAUCCGCUUGCAUUUGCUUACUUAAAUAUUUCAUAUUUCUUUUUUUAAAGGCUAUUGGUGAAUUCAUUUUGGUUGAAAAAGACGUGAAAAUAAAAAAGAAAGGUAAAAUCUACAGUCUUAAUGAGGGCUAUGCCAAGGACUUUGAUCCUGCAGUCACAGAGUAUAUCCAGAGGAAGAAAUUUCCCCAGGAUAACACAGCUCCCUAUGGUGCGAGAUACGUGGGUUCUAUGGUGGCAGAUGUGCACCGAACACUGGUGUAUGGAGGAAUCUUUUUGUAUCCAGCCAACAAAAAGAGCCCCAAAGGAAAGCUGAGACUCCUGUAUGAAUGUAACCCAAUGGCCUUUGUCAUAGAAAAAGCUGGAGGACUGGCUACCACAGGAAGUAAAAAUGUGUUGGACAUCAUUCCUACUGACAUCCAUGAGAGAGCACCAGUGAUUCUGGGGUCUCCUGAUGAUGUGAAUGAGUUCCUAGAGAUUUACAAGAAGCAUGGUGGGAAGUGAAGAGUUCAUCUUCCCUCACAGGCUGGCACAUCAAAAAGAAAAAGAACAAAGAUUAUAUUGCACUCUGUGAAUGGUUAAACUUCCAUAGAACAACACACCAAAGCACUUUUUAUUUCCCACAAUCUUUUUGAUAUACAAAAUGCUGUAUGGUGCUUUGGGUAACCUAAUCAAGAUGCAGUUUCUAUAGUACCACAAAUGCUGAAGAUAUUUUGAGAAGUAGGGGAGCAAAAGAGGAAAUAAAAUCGUUCUUCCUUUAAAAAAAAA